GGCCAAGGAUGAGAAAGAGCAAAAGCCCCAUAUUAAUGGUGGAGCUUCUCUAGCUAAUGUACAUUCCAUUUCCGGUCCCAUAUUGCUCCAAUGUCGCCUUCCCUCCUCCUCCUCCUCCUCCUCCUUCUCUACUGCUUUCCUUUCUCCCUUGCCGCUGCAGCCGGAGACCACUCGGACUCCUUCGUCUUCGAGUUCCACCGCCGUCCCGCGUUGCCCGGGCUCGACCUAGCGCGGCAGCUCCUCCUCGACGACAAGCUACGGCAGCGCACGAUCCGCGCCCGGCUAGAGCAUGCCCGCCACCGGCGGCGAGCUUGCGGCGUCCCGCACGCGCCGGCGCCGGCUCCAGCGCCGACCUCCUUCGACAUGCCGCUCAACUCCGGGGCGUACGCGGGGGCGGGCCAGUACUUCGUGCGGUUCCAACUCGGCACGCCGGCGCAGCGCUUCGAGCUGGUGGCCGACACCGGCAGCGACCUCACCUGGGCCAAGUGCCGCCGGCGCGGAGAUGAUGCCAAAAGUGUCAGCGGCCGGGCGUUCCUCCCCGCCGAGUCGUCGUCGUUCCGGCCGAUCCUCUGCUCAUCCGACAUGUGCCGCAACUCGCUGCCCUUCUCCUUGACCACGUGCCCGACGCCGGCGAGCCCAUGUGCCUACGAUUACGGGUACUCCGACGGCUCGGCGGCGCACGGCAUCUUCGCGAACGAGUCGGCCACCGUGAUCCUGUCGGACGGCCGGCGGAGGAAGCUGCGGGGCCUCGUGGUCGGGUGCACCUCCUCCGCCGUUGGAUCCAGCUUCCGCGCAUCGGACGGCGUGCUGGGGCUCGGGUACAGCGACAUCUCCUUCGCCUACCGCGCCGGCGGCCACUUCGCUUAUUGCAUGGUGGACCACCUCAGCCCUCGCAACGCCACCGGUUUCCUCGCCUUUGGGCCGGCUCCGGCGCCGCCGCCUCCGACGGCCGGGAGGAGGUGGCGCGAGACGGCGAUCUCCCUCGACGUCGAGCCGUUCUACGGCGUCGGAGUGAGGGGGAUCUCCGUCGACGGAGAGAUGCUCCCGAUCCCAGCGAGCGUGUGGGACCUCGCAGCGGGCGGCGGCGCCAUUCUCGACUCGGGAACGAGCCUGACGGUGCUGGCGGAGCCCGCGUACAGAGCGGUGGUGGAGGCGCUGACCCGGCGGCUCGCGUGGGCGCCGAGGGUUAGGGUGGAGCCCUUCGAGCACUGCUACAACUGGUCAACGGGGGCGCCUGCCGUCCUGCCGCGGAUGGCGGUGCACCUGGAAGGGACGGCGAGGUUAGCGCCGCCGUCGAAGAGCUACGUGAUCGACGUGGCGGAGGGGGUGAAGUGCCUGGGGAUCGUGGCGGCGCCGUGGCCUAGUUUCUCCACCAUCGGCAACAUACUGCAGCAGGAGCAUCUGUGGGAGUUCGACGUCGCCAACCGACGGCUCCGAUUUAGGAGGUCGACCUGCCGUAAAAGGCGAUGAUGGAAUCGGACGGCCGACAAUUUUUUUUCCUUUUUUCUUUUUUGUUUUUUGCCUCCGGUUGAUGCCAAAUUUAUUUUCAUUUUAUUUUUGUUUUAGUAAUUUGUUUCCGAUUUAUGGAGGUUUGAUUGAUUUUGCUAUGUAUUUGGGUGAUAAAGAAUACAAGGGGAAGGAAUUAAUGGUA